UUUCUUUUGAGUGAUUAAAGUAUGGAAGGAAGUAAUUCUAGGAAAAAGAAAGGAGGAACUAAAGAUGACUUCAUUGAUUUGGUCUUCUCAUGGUCUAUACAAGAUAUUCUUGAUGAUACUCUAUAUCAAAAUCAGGUGGAGAAGAUUCCAAAAUCAUUUGAAUCAGUCGAUCAUUACUUGGGAUCGUUUCACUACUCGUUACUGGAAGAAAUACGGGCUGAUAUUAGUGCUUCUUUGGAAGUCAUAGACAAAGCACCUUUUGGUGAAUUGAUCUACUUUGAUGAGAAACCACUUGGAUCACUAUUUUUUAAAGUUCAGGUUGACUAUUGGAGGAAACUAUCUGGUGACGGAAAGGAGCCUUAUCGAACGUUGCCUGGAGAUAUUGUCAUUAUCUCAGAUGCCAAACCGGAAACUGCUUCUGACCUGCUACGGCUCGGAUGGAACUGGACAUUUGCAUUUGUAACGAGAGUCAGUGAUGGUGAGAGUGAUGAUUCAAAUGCAUCCACUAGUUUUACAGUCAAAGUUGCUAGAGAUAUUGUGAUUUCUGAGAGAAAGCAAAAAUCGUUGUAUAUAGUGUAUUUGGUAAAUGUGCUACCGAGUAAGAGAGUAUGGAGUGCACUGAGGAUGAGAAAGAAUUUGAACCUUAUUGAGAAAGUUCUGUGCAGUGAGAAUGAGAAACAGGAUGAGGAUAAAUGUGACGUUUGUUCUACAUCUAAUAAUGAUGGACUAUCUGGAGAAGUUGUUAAUAAUCUGCUGUCUAAGUUGAAUGAUUCGCAGGCUGAGGCGAUCUUGACCUCUCUUGAUUCAUUGAAGUGUUGUCACAAGCCUUCAGUUGAACUCAUAUGGGGACCACCUGGUACAGGCAAGACCAAGACUAUGAGUGUCAUGCUCUUCAUACUAUUGAAAAUGAAGUAUAGAACUCUUACUUGUGCCCCAACAAAUGUAGCAAUAACACAAGUGGCUUCGCGGUUAGUUAAAUUGAUCAGUGAGUCAUUUAAUAAUCCUUCUGCAGAAAUGGAUAUUUGUCCUCUGGGUGACAUUCUCUUGUUUGGGAAUAAGUACCGUCUGAAAGUUGGUCAAGAUAUUGAGGAGAUAUACCUUGAUUAUCGUGUUGAUAGGCUGGUGGAGUGCCUCGUACCCGUGACUGGUUGGAAACACUGUAUAAGUUCCAUGAGCGGGUGUCUGGAAGAUUGCAUUUCUCAGUAUAACAUAUAUGUUGACAAUGAGUUGAUCAAACUGAAGGAGCUUUCUGAUCAACAGGAAGCUCAGAAGGAAAAAGAAAAAAUCAGCUCAUUGAUUGAUUUUGUCAAAUCCCGGUUCAAAUCUACAGCUUCAUCUUUGAGAAGAUGCUUGCUUACAUUCUGUACUCAUCUACCAUUAAGUUUUAUUCGGGAGGAGAAUUUUGAAAAAAUGGUACGCCUUAUCUCCCUACUUGAUUGUUUGGAGGGAAUGUUAUUUCAAGACAAUCUUGGCUCUAAAGAUCUUGUGCAACUCUUCUCUUGUCAACAACCAAUUGAAGUCUCUUCCGACUCAUUUUUGGAUGAGUGGUCCUUACCUUGUUUAAGAAGCCAGUGCCUAUUUCUUCUGAAAGAUAUUUGCCAAUCUCUCGGAGAACUGAGUCUUCCUCGUGCAAUGAGCAAGGAGUCGAUUAGGGAGUUCUGUAUACAAAAGGCUUCCUUGGUUUUCUGUACGGCUUCAAGUUCGUAUAAGCUUCAUCCACUGGAUAUAAAGCCAUUUGACUUAUUAAUUGUUGAUGAAGCUGCCCAGUUGAAGGAGUGUGAAUCUGUCAUACCCUUUCAACUACCAUGUCUGAGGCAUACUGUGUUGAUGGGCGAUGAGUGUCAACUGCCCGCAGCAGUCAUGAGUCGAGUUUCUGAAGAAGCUGGCUUUGGAAGGAGCCUUUUUGAAAGACUCAGUUCUCUGGGUCAUUCUAGACACUUGCUUAACAUACAGUACCGAAUGCAUCCAUCAAUUAGCCAAUUUCCAAAUUCAAGUUUCUAUCGUAAUCAAAUUUGUGAUGCCCCUGAUGUAAAACAUAAAACAUAUGAGAAAAGGUAUCUUCCAGGAAAAUGUUUUGGCCCGUAUUCCUUUAUAAAUGUUCCAUUGGGUAAAGAAGAAAUGGAUGAUGUUGGACAUAGCCGAAGGAAUAUGGUUGAGGUGGCUUUAGUGAUGAAGAUAGUGGACAACUUGUAUAAAGGUUGGGGUGGCUCCAGGAAGAAACUCAGCAUUGGUGUUAUAUCACCUUAUGCUGCACAAGUUUUGGCUAUAAAAGGUAAACUUGGGCGGAGGUAUGAUAACCUUGAGGGUUUUGAAGUUAAGGUGAAGUCAGUAGAUGGAUUUCAGGGAGGGGAGGAAGAUAUCAUUAUAAUAUCUACAGUGAGAUCUAAUUUAGGCGGAUCAAUUGGUUUCUUGUCUAGUCUUCAAAGGGCUAAUGUUGCUUUGACCAGGGCUCGGCACUGUCUAUGGAUUCUUGGCAAUGAGCCAACAUUACUUAAUAGCAACUCUGUGUGGGAAGCAUUAGUUCUGGACGCCAAGGAACGUCAAUGCUUCUUUCAUGCUGAUGAAGACAAUGACAUGAGGACAACAGUUUUAGAUGUUAAGAAAGAAUAUGAUCAGCUGGAUGAUUUACUUAAUGCAGACAGUAUUUUGUUCAAAUCUCAACGAUGGAAGGUACUCUUCAGUGACAAUUUUAGAAAGUCAUUUGUAAAGCUAACAUCCUCCCGGUUGAGGAAGUCUGUGAUAAGUCUUCUGGUUAAGCUGGCCAGUGGAUGGCGUCCCAAGAGAAAGAAUGUGGAUUCAAUUUCUGAGAGCUCAUCUCAAAUUGUACAACAAUUUAAGGUUGAAGGGCGGUAUGUUGUUUGCUCUAUUUAUAUUCAGAAAGACUCCACCUAUACUCAAGUGCUGAGGGUUUGGGAUGUAUUACCCUUGGAGGAGGUUGCAAAGUUGUUGAAACGUCUUGAUAACAUAUUUUCAAUGUACACUGAUGAAUUCAUUAAGCUUUGCAAGGAGAAGUGCCUUGAGGGGGACUUGGAAGUUCCGAAGAUUUGGAUGCUUUGUCGUGAGAUAAGUCAGUAUAAAAGCAUUUCUAGUGAGAGUCAAUUGAAUCAUGAAUCAACUGGUGCGGAAGAUGGUAGAAGUUGUGUUGAAUAUUCAAGAGUCAGCGAAAGCUUGUUAUUGAUGAAGUUUUACUCAUUAUCAUCUGGUGUUGUCAAUCAUUUGCUCUCUGAUCACCAUGGUGAAGCAUUAGAUCUCCCUUUUGAAGUUACUAAUGAAGAGAGGGAGAUAAUCCAAUUUAGUAGAAGCAGUUUCAUCCUUGGUCGCUCAGGCACGGGGAAAACCACAGUUUUGACCAUGAAAUUAUUGCAAAAGGAGCAACAACAUCACAAUUCUGUUGAAGGAUUAAAUAAAGCAGGGAAGCAAGAAGUAAAUCAAUUUGAAGGGGAAGCAGAUGAGGAUAAUCAAUGUGUAGGAGAGGCUAUCAGGGAAACCCUGCGUCAACUUUUCGUGACUGUUAGUCCAAAACUUUGUUAUGCUGUCAAACAGCAGAUUUCUCAGUUGAAAAGCUUUGCUUGUGGUGGAAGUUUCUCAGCAGAGAACAGCUUGCUUGAAAUUGAUGAUUUGGAUGGGACGACACAGUUUAGAGAUUUACCGAACUCUUUUAUUGGCAUUCCUUACAUGAAAUACCCUCUUGUGAUCACAUUUCACAAGUUCUUAUUGAUGCUUGACGGAACAAUAGGUUCUUCCUACUUUGAUAGGUUCCAUUUGAAGUGGGACCUGUUUGAAGACAGAAGUUUGAGGUCAGCUGCUUUAAGAUCCUUCAUAAGAGAGAAGGAGGUCAACUACGAAUGCUUCUGUAGCUCGUAUUGGCCUCACUUCAGUACUGUGUUGACGAAAAAUCUUGAUCAUUCAAGGGUGUUUACUGAAAUUCUUUCUUAUAUAAAAGGUGGAUUAAAAUCAGGAGAUUUUCAUGAUGGGAAACUCAGCAAAGAGGCUUAUAUUUCAAUGUCCGAACAUCGAGUCUCUUCGAUAUAA